AUGGUUUAUCAAUCUGAAUUUCGCCAUGAUUCUAAUGCUAGAUUUGUCGAUGAUGCAAAUGAUUAUGAUAUCAACGAUGAAGGUGAAGUCGAGGGUAUCGUAAACCUCAAUGAAGGUUUUACCGAGGCAACUGAAUCAGAAUUAUUUGACAGAAAAGUUAAGUCUGAUGAAGAGGCUUAUGAUUUGUAUAAUAGUUAUGCAUUUAAACAUGGUUUUGGUAUACGUAAAGAUAGGUUGAAUCGUAGAGAUGACAAAGAUAGGACACCUAGGCAACGCUUUUUGGUGUGUUCUUUUGCUGGCUUUAAGCAAGAGAAGAAGCAUGGUGAACAAUCAAAAGUUUACCAAAAGAGGAAUUUCCGCACAGGUUGCAAGGCUCAUAUACAAUUUGAUAUUGAUAAGGUGUCUGGUUUGUAUGUCGUGGUCAAUCACACUAUGGUUCAUAAUCAUAGUAGGGUUCCUGUUUCAAAGAGACAUUUGAUUAGGUCUCAUAGGAAGGUUACUAAUGAACAAGUUGUGAUGAUGAGUAGCUUGACUGAGAGUAGUAUACCUGUUGCUGAUGCAGUGCGUGUUUUAAAACAUCAAGCUGGUGGAGAGGCAAAUCUUUCAUUUCUUUGUAGGGAUGCGUAUGGUGCUUUAUCCCAACAUAAGAAAAUGAUGUUUGACGGUUGUGAUGCAAAGCGCUUGCUUAGCUAUUUUAAGGAGAGGAAAUCUAGUGAGUAUGACUUUUUUUAUGACUUUGAUGUUGAUGAAAAAGGUCAUUUGCAAUCUUUCUUCUUUCGUGAUAAUAGAAUGAAGGUAGAUUAUGAUGCUUUUGGUGAUUUAUUAGUCCAUGAUACAACGUACCGUACAAACAAAUAUGGUAUGAUUUGUGGACCUUUUGUUGGUAUGAAUCAUCAUAACAAUAAUGUCAUGUUUGGUAUUGGCUUCUUGAUCAAUGAAAAAUGGGAAUCUUUUGAGUGGUUGUUCAAUACUUUUUUGAAAUCCAUGGGUGGAAAACAUCCUGUGACAAUAAUGACUGACCAAGCUCAAGCAAUGGCCAAAGCAAUUAAGGUUGUCUUCCCAAAUUCCAGACAUCGACUAUGUACGUGGCAUAUUGGGGAGAAUGCAAAGAAAAAUAUCAAAGGACUUAGAGCAAAGGAAGGUUUUAAUGAUUUGUUUGAUAUUGUUUUGAAGUAUACCGAUACUAUUCAAGAAUUCGAGCACUAUUGGUCAAGCAUGCAGAAAACGUACAAAUGCACAGAUAAUAAAUGGCUGCAAAAUCUGUAUAAUAUCAAAGAGAUGUGGUGUCCUGCAUAUUCCAAAGAUUAUUUUAGUGGCGGUGUUAUGUCAUCUCAGAGGAGCGAAACUACUAAAAAAUCAGUUUCCCGUCGACUACAUGCCACUCAUGGUCUAUGUGAUUUCUACACUACUUUUAUUGAGGUUGUUGAUGAGUGGAGGAGUAGAGAAGGUAGUAAUGAUUAUGAUAGUAUGACUGGAAAUCGUCAUUUAGUUUGGGCAGAUAUUGGAUUGUUGGAGCAUGUAAUAGGAUUUCAACCUCCACUGUAUGAAUAUCAUGUUGGGCAUCCAAAAAAGGAUUUGAUCAUGCAUACUGUUGCAUUUGAUGAAUCAAUAGUUACAGUUGAUUGUACUUGCAAAUAUUUUGGUGAGGUAGGUUUUUUGUGCAAGCACUCACUUCGUGUCUUACACUUAAACAACAUUACUUAUAUCCCUAAGAGAUACAUUUGCAAGAGAUGGACAAAAGCUGCUAUGUGCACUAGAGUUGAUGACAAUGAUGUUGCUGAAAUGGGUGUCACUCCUUGUAGUGUAUGGAGAUUGUAUCAUAUUCGUACAUUUAUCACACUUGUAGAUCGAGCACAAAAUGACUUGAGUGCUCAAGCUGUCAUUGAGGAAGUAAUUGAAGAAUGCACUGCUAGGAUUAAUCUCUUGAUGGGAGAAGAUAAAGAUGUGCCACCUGAGUUAUCAAAAACGAAUGAACAAGAUGUUACUCAAGAAAAAGGUGAUGGCAGUCUAUUAGAACCAGCAGUAAUAUUUGAGGAAUUGGCUGAAGAACAUGGAGGACUUGAAAAAGAACAUGGAGGUUUUGAAAGAGAACAUGGAGGCAUUGUUAAAGAACACACAGUUCAGGUAGAUGUCAAGGAUCCUAUCAAAAAAAGGAAAAAGGGUCAAAAGAAUACUAGGUGGAAAAGCACACAGGAAAAGGUUUCCAACAAGCUCAAAGGUCAAAAGAUAAAGUCAUGGAGAAAGAAAAGCGCAAAGGGUGUUUCAAAGAUGAAACAAAAAGCACAGACUACGAUUAAGGAUUUCCUCCCUGUACCUGAUGGAAAUAGACUGGCACAUUCCAACGAAUUUGGAGGAUCUUUGGAGUUUUUUGAGCCUGAUGACUAUUUUGGAGUGAAUAUUAGAGAAUUAUAA